AGUGAUCCUAGUUGGGCCUCUUUGGGGGCCUAGGCAGAGGACCAGGCCCGUUGCUGGGGUGACCAUGUCGGGCAGAAACCACAACAAGCUUCCCAGUAACCUGCCCCAGCUGCAGAACCUCAUCAAAAGGGACCCGCCCGCCUACGUCCAGGAGUUUCUGCAGCAGUACAACCACUACCGGUCCAAUGUGGAGAUUUUCAAGCUGCAGCCGGAUAAACCCAGCAAGGAACUGGCCGAGUUGGUGAUGUUCUUGGCCCAGGUGGGGCACUGUUAUCCGGACCACCUGGCCGACUUCCCCCAGCACCUCAAAGACCUGCUGAGGUACAACCAUACCCUCCUGGACCCCGAUCUUCGAAUGACGUUUUGCAAAGCUCUGAUCUUGCUGAGAAACAAGAACCUCAUCAACCCAACCAGUCUGCUGGAACUGUUCUUCGAACUCCUGCGCUGCCAUGACAAGCUCCUGAGAAAGACGCUGUACACUCACAUCGUGACCGACAUCAAGAAUAUAAACGCCAAGCACAAGAACAACAAAGUGAACACGGUCCUGCAGAAUUUCAUGUACACCAUGCUGAGGGACAGCAACGUCAUCGCCGCCAAGAUCUCCCUGGACGUGAUGAUUGAGCUGUACAAGAGGAACAUCUGGAACGAUGCCAAAACAGUGAACGUAAUCACCACCGCGUGCUUUUCCAAGGUCACAAAGAUCCUGGUGGCCGGUUUGAAGUUCUUCCUGGGGAGAGACGAGGACGAGAAGCGAGAGAGCGAUUCAGAGUCUGAGGACGAAGGUCCCACGGCCAGGGACUUCCUCGUGAAAUAUGCCACCGGGAAAAAAUCUUCCAAGCACAAGAAGAAGUUAGAAAAGGCCAUGAAAGUCCUGAAAAAACAGAAGAAGAAGAAGAAGCCGGAAGUGUUCAAUUUCUCCGCCAUUCACCUGAUCCACGAUCCCCAAGGCUUCGCGGAGAAACUCCUGAAGCAACUGGAGAACUCCAAGGAAAGGUUCGAAGUGAAGAUGAUGCUGAUGGACCUCAUCUCCCGACUGGUGGGAAUCCAUGAGCUCUUCCUCUUCAACUUCUACCCCUUCGUCCAGCGCUUCCUCCAGCCCCACCAGAGAGACGUCACCAAGAUCCUCCUGUUCGCCGCCCAGGCUGCCCACCAGCUGGUCCCCCCCGAGAUCGUCCAGUCCGUGCUGAUGACCGUGGCCAACAACUUCGUGACGGACAAGAACUCGGGGGAGGUGAUGACCGUCGGGAUCAACGCCAUUAAAGAGAUAACGGCCAGGUGUCCGCUGGCCAUGACAGAAGACCUUCUCCAGGACUUGGCCCUCUAUAAGACCCACAGGGAUAAGAACGUGAUGAUGUCCGCCCGGACUCUGAUCCAGCUGUUCCGAACGCUGAACCCCCAGAUGCUCCAGAAGAAGUUCAGGGGUAAACCAACAGAGGCCUCCAAGGAGGCCAGAAUCCAAGAAUACGGUGAAUUAGAUGCCAAAGAUUACAUUCCCGGGGCAGAGGUUUUGGAGGUUGAGCAAGAGGAUGCGGACGGAGAAGCCGAUGGAGACGGUUGGGAAAGCGCCAGCCUCAGCGAAGAGGACGAUGAGGACGGCGAAUGGGUCGACGUCCAUCACUCUUCCGACGAAGAGCAGCAGGCGGUGGCGGAGCGGCUGGAGGGCAUGCCCGCCGAGGAACGCAAGGCCAAGGCCACGGCCGUCAGCGCCAGCCGGCUCCUGAGCCAGGAGGACUUCCGGAAAAUCCGUCUGGCCCAGCUGAGGCGCGAAGUCGACGCCGCCCCCGGGAAGGCCCAGAAGAGGAAGAACGUGGAGAUCGACAGCGACGAGGAGCGCGGGGGCGAGUUACUGUCUCUCCGGGCCAUCGAACACCUGCAUAAGAAGCCCAAGUCCGACAAGGAGACCAGAUUGGCAACGGCGAAGGCCGGGAAGACGGACCGGAGGGAGUUUGUGAAGAAGAAGACCAAGGUCAAUCCGUUCUCCAGCUCCACUAAUAAAGAAAAGAAGCGGCAGAAGAACUUCAUGAUGAUGAGAUACAGCCGCGACGUCCGGUCCAAGAACAAACGCUCCUUCAGGGAGAAGCAGCUGGCCCUCCGGGACGCCCUUCUGAAAAAGAGGAAACAGCUGGUGAAGUGAGCAGAGGGGAGACGACGGUUUCCAUCAGGACCCGGGGGGACCCAGGGAGGCCGGGGCCGUCCGGCGAAGAACGACUGACUGCCGACCCCAAGCCUUUGGGAGCGGGGGGCUUAUCCGGGGUCCGCCCGGGAGCCGGUCUCCUUGGAAACGGGAUGCCCUGACAACCGGGAACGGCAUCGGGUCGACGGCCUUGUCCGCGCCGCUCUCACGGGAGAGAAUGAGGGAGGAAAGGAGAGGGAACGUGGCUGCUUCGCCGGACCCCGGAUCUCCCUUUUCCUUCCGGAAGCCGGUUUUCCGUGUCCAGUGGUUUCUAAAAUGACCGUGCGGUUGGCAGUCCUGCCCCUCUCCUCCCUU